AACUUUUAAAAGCUUUAUCUUUCUGGCAGCAUUUUUUUUUCAUUGCCGAGACUUAAUCUAUUUAAAAAUACAACGUUAUUUACUGCAAGCCUAACUAUACGAGGCCAGAAAAAUUUUUAUUUUAUUUGAGGACACAAUACAAUACAUGAACUGUGCAGCAAUUGAACUUAAUAGGAGAGAUUUGAAAAUAUUUAUUUGUUUUUAAUUUGAGUUGCUCAUUUUUUAGUACUUAAAAACGGAACUGCUUAGAUCCGUUCCCUUUUCGUGGUCACAUUAAUCGAAUCAUUCAACUGAUCACAUUCGCCGUAUCAUUCAACUGAUCACAUUCACUGGAUCAUUCAACUGAUCAACAUGACGACUUUUGGCGUGAUGGAAAAGUUCAGCGCGGUGGCGGCGAUCAAGAACGAAGCUAUUCGCGAGUUCCUCGCUGAAUUGAUCGGAACAUUCGUGCUCGUGAUGAUGGGCAACUGUGCGGUGGCCCAGGUUGUGAUGGCCGAAGGUGGCAGCUUCUUGUCCAUCAACAUGGGCUACGCCGUAGCGGUCACUCUUGGCGUCAUGGUGUCAGGAGGCGUGAGUGGUGGACACAUCAACCCGGCCGUCAGUGUGGCGCUGGCCGUGUUCGGCAAGUUCCCGUGGGCGAAAGUACCGAUCUUUAUAGUGGCGCAGUACACAGGUGCCUUCCUCGGUGCCUUCAUGGUUUUCCUCGUCUACAGAAACGCACUGGACGCGUUCGACCCUGGCCGGACACUGGCGAGCGCUGGUAUCUUCGCUACGUAUCCCGGGUCGGUGGUGAACUCAACCGGCGAAGUGGUAGACAACUUCCUGUACAGCGGCAACGGCAUGGCAGAUCAGGUUGUGGGGACUGCCAUGUUGCUGCUAUGCGUAUGUGCCAUCACUGAUCCCCGCAACAUGGGGAUUCCCAAGCCCAUGAUCCCCGCCGCCGUGGGCACAGUAGUGCUGGGCAUUGGGCUCAGCCUGGGGCUCAACUGCGGGUACGCAAUCAACCCCGCCAGGGACCUGGGGCCCCGGCUGUUCACCCUCGUCGCGGGGUGGGGCGCUGAGCCCUUCACAGCUAUGACAGCCGAUGGGGUGACAUGGUGGUGGAUCCCUGUGGUCGGACCACACUUGGGUUUGCGCGGAAGGAUGGUAUUCUUAAGUAAACUUGAUAAUGGGUCGUUAAAAACUCACGUAUGA